UUGACAUUACCGGAAAUAGCAAAGUUAUUGCCCAAAAUGGCGACCUCUCCGAACGCAUCUACUACUGGAACGCUUACUCCAAAGAAGAAAGAUGAGUCUUUCCUUGAAAAAAUAGGAACCCUUGCUAGAAAGAAGAAGAUCAAAGAAGUCACAGAGGUUCAGGAAGAAGGUAAAAAUGCCAUUGAGUCACCAACCAGUCCGAUGCUGCCAGAUAUUGGACCAGAAGGUUACCUUUUGGGAGAGUCAGAGGAGCGGUCCAUGAUUGAACCAGUAUCUCGAGAAGAUCCAAAAUUAAAGGACCUGAUAAAGGUUCUUCUUGAUUGGAUUAAUGAUGAAUUGGCAGAUCAUCGGAUUAUCGUCAAGGACAUUGAAGAAGAUCUUUUUGAUGGACAAAUUCUUCAGAAGUUGAUUGAGAAACUGGCAAAUGUUAAGGUAGAGGCACCAGAAGUGACACAGUCAGAAAUUGGACAAAAACAGAAGCUACGUGUUGUCCUCGAUUACAUCAACAGGAUGUUGAAUCUUCCUCCAGCUUGGAAUCAGCAAAAAUGGAGUGUUGAUAGUGUUCAUACCAAGAAUUUGGUAGCAAUUCUACAUCUGCUGGUAGCUUUGGCUCGUCAUUUUCGUGCACCUAUCCGAUUUCCAGAAAAUGUUUGUGUUACCCUUCUUGUUGUGCAGAAAGUUGAGGGUGCCUUGCAGACUAGAAGAAUCACAGAGGAAAUUACAUCGACCAAUGAUGACAUUGGUGCACGGUUUGAACGUGAUGCCUUUGACACGCUGUUCGAUCAUGCGCCUGAUAAACUAAGUGUUGUCAAAAAGACCCUUGUCACUUUUGUCAACAAGCAGCUUGUGAAAGUUAAUUUGGAAGUCACAGAUCUGGACUCACAGUUUCAUGAUGGAGUAUACCUGGUCAUGCUGAUGGGAUUACUUGAAGGAUACUUUGUUCCACUCUACAACUUUCAUCUUACUCCUACCACUUUUGAGCAGAAGGUGCACAAUGUGAGUUUCGCGUUCGAGUUGAUGCAGGACGCAGGACUUCAGAAGCCCAAGGCUCGCCCUGAAGACGUGGUGAACCUCGACCUCAAGUCCACCCUGCGCGUGCUGUACAACAUCUUCACCAAGUACAAGUCUGCCUCCAGUACGUCCGCGCCUGUGCACUAACUCUAGCCGGCCUCCUCUUUCCCUUUCCUCCUCCUUUCUCCUCUCCAUCCCCGGCGAUGUUCGGAGGACCGGAUCAAGUGACGUACAUCUGUUCUCCCGGACACACGACAAAGCCUUACACUUGCUGGAUCUCUGGACGUCCAUCGCUUGAACAUAGUUGCUGGGAAACGGUGGGUCAGCACAAGGACUGACCAAAAAUGAAAACAAAUGUCGGUUCCACUUAUCUUUUCUGGUUGUUACUACUUUAUUAUUCCUCUUAUUCUUCCCUUAGAAACCAGAAUCUCUGAUACGCCUUUUUAAGAGACAAUGCAUUUUACAAAUGUAUUCAUUGUUUUCACAUUGGCCUUCCAAACAAAACACAUUGUCGAAUAUGGAAAUUGUUAUAUGACCGCCAUGUAGUCACAUUGGGCAAUAAUUAUAUUAAGACAGCCCCCCUAUGCGGACUCGUCGAUGGGUAGAGUUUCUAGUAGCCGACGCGGGCACCGAGCAGCCGAGUAUUAGUAUUGAUAUAAAACUACUUGGGUGGCAGUGAUACGUCUGGUAAAGACCAGUGUCAGCGUUACAGUCAACAGAAAGAACCCAUGCCCAGAUGUGGGAUACGAACUGCCAGCCUUCUCGAUCCACACUAUCCAGGUGACAGUUGGUUUACCCCAGCACCGCCACCUGACUGCCCCGCUGGUAGGAGAUAGGAAGUAGAGGGGUGGUGGUGUGGGGGAAUACCGAGAGCGAGUGUGUCAUACCUAGGUGUACUAUCUUUCCUCACGGGAAGGGGCAGGGGAAGCAGGAGGGGUGGUGUGUGUAGCCGACAGACACAAGGAGACACAAGCUGUGGGCUGAGAGAAUGAAAUGAGAAAAGCGCUGUCAGUCGCCGUGGACAAAAGGUGUCAAUCAAAAGUUUGGCGUACAGCGUGUCUCGUCUACCUCAGACACAAAGCGGAUCCGGGUGGGAAACACCCAGCGGAAGAAGCUUCCGCAGACCUCAAAAUGAUAGAUUUUACGACGACCUGCACUUACCUUCUCUUCCCCACCCUUCAUGCUCCUCACCCCUACCCAACUCCUUUUCCAGCCACUAAAACUAGGCCACCUGGUUGUUGGUGUGAUUUGUGUGAUAGUUGAUGGUUGGCACAGGUACACCUUGCACAACCCUCUCUUUCUUUCACUCCUGCGCGCUCUCUCUCUCUCUCUCGCUUGCUCACUCCCAAUUUUAAUAAAAUAGUAAAAUAGUGAAUCAGCUUACGAGGCCAGACGCGCCAUUCUCUCCGGCCUCUUUUUCCUCAACUUUCUUGCUAUUGAGGGCGCUCACGGUCCGUCGCAAGACUUGUUAGUGGGAGUAUUCAGUAAGUAGCGUGGCGUCCACGAGACAAGCAGGGCAGAGGUCAUACAUCCAGCUCUUUGGGGGCUCUGGUGGUGAUGUGGUUCUUGGGAUAUGGGCAGCCCACAGUCUGUUACUGAACCUUGCUGACCCUGUUCUUUUUCGUUACCUGCACGCUAUCUUUCAAUCACGUCCUUAACAGCUAAGACCUUUUUUUAUAGAAUUUUUUUUUAGAAGACUGGGGAUAUUGAAAGUGGGACUUGCUAAAUGGAAGACGAACUUCAACAGGCAAGCUUUGGGAGCUGACGACCCGAACGGCUAGGGCAACCUGCUAGGCAAACCAGUGAAUCUCUUGGGUCAGACCAGAGCCUUGUGCUCUCCCUUCUGAUGAUCCGAUAAGGUCGGGGUUAUCUCCUGUUUUCAUCGCCUUUAACUUUACAGGUGCAAAGGGGACGAACACGACUUGCAACAGGCAAGCGUUCCCCUCCUAACAAAGGUGCUAUUAUCUACGUGUUGUUUGAUUUUAACUGGUGUUAUUGAUGAGCUGGCUUUAAUAUCGCAGUACACACUGUUCGAUGUAGUCAUAGCUGCGAAUAUGCAUAGAUGUUUUUAUAUUCCCAUGACUGUAUAUGCGAUAAGAAAGUACAGCUUGUUUAGCACGUGGAUUUUUUUUUUAACUGCCUUGAGCUGUCUUCACGCUGAUUCAUGUGUGCUUGCUGUCGACACUGGCUCUGACCGACUUAAAGAAUCAGCCUUGUAGAUUGUACUAUACCAUUGUAUAGUGCUAUUUAUUGUUUAUAAGUUGUUUAUUGUUUUGUGAAUUAUUUCUUGACAUUAAAUUAUAUCUCAGUCCUAAAAUGUAAUAAAUAAUAUCACAAGUCA